AUGGAGAAGGCUGAGGUUCUGCCAGCUCUACCCAACACAAAUUCUGGAACUGUGGCUGCAGGAAUUCAGAACAUCCUGAUCUGUGCUGAGAUGCUGGCUGCUGCUGUCGGAUUUCGUUUUGCUUUCCCUUACACCAUGUAUGCUUUGGGAUCAAUUCAGCCUGGUACCGGAUUAAUUAAUGACUUAUCGAAUCUGUAUGGACGUGGCGUUUUUAAGAUUUUUCGGCGUGGAGGACCUGAGUACAACGAUGGUAAGCUGCUUUGA